GAAAAAUCCGGAAGUGAGAUUGUCAACAACAAACAGUCAGAGUCCUGUGACUAUUUCUAAAUAAAAAGCACUCAUUAAUGGUUACCAGUCGUAAUUCAGAUAACGUUAUUCGUUUGAAGUGAAGAGGCAAGAUGUUCAGCAGCGGGCCAAAUUACAAUAAAUUAAAAACAAACCUUCGAUUAACAAUAAAUCGCCUGAAACUUUUGGAAAAGAAGAAGACAGAAAUUGGACAAAAAGCAAGAAAAGAAAUUGCAGACUAUAUUACAGGUGGGAAAGAUGACAGAGCAAGAAUCAGGGUUGAGCAUAUCGUCAGAGAGGACUACCUUGUUGAGGCAAUGGAACUGUUAGAAAUGUACUGUGACCUACUGCUGGCUAGGUUCGGACUUAUUCAAACACAAAAGGAGUUAGAUCCUGGGCUGGAGGAGGCAAUUGCAAGUAUGAUUUGGGCUGCCCCAAGACUGCAAACAGAUUGUGCAGAACUUAAAGUGAUUGCAGAUGAGUUUUCAAGAAAAUAUGGUAAAGAAUUUGGACAAGCAUGUCGCACAAAUGCCUUGAACAAUGUUAGUGAAAAAGUCAUGCAUAAACUUGGUGUUCAAGCUCCACCAAAAAUUCUUAUUGAGAGGUACAUGAUUGAAAUUGCAAGGUCAUAUAAUGUUCCAUUUGAGCCUGAUCCAUCCGUAAUGGCACAAGAUGAAAUAUUCUCUGCAGAGAAUUUGUUGAUUGAUUUAGACGAGAACAGGAAAGGCGGCGGUGGCGGAUACAGCGGCGGUGGCGGAUACAGCGGUGGUGGCGGAUACAGCGGUGGUGGUGGCGGUGGAUUUCUAGAACCUCAGCAGUAUCCACCACAACCUCAGCCUCCAGGACCACCCAGUCAAGGGGCUAUGUAUUAUCCCCCUCCCCAGCCACAAAAGCCUCAGUCAGACUACAAGAUGCCGCCUCCAGUGCCGAGUGUUCCGGCAGCCGGCAGUCCAGGUUACCCACCACCUGGACCAGGUAUAUCUGCAUCAGCACCUCCAAACGAACAUUCUCCACCCCCUGCUUACAGUACACACCCUCCAUCUCCUAAACAAGUACAAAAACCUAUGGAUAGUUUCCCCGAUCUACCGGCUGUGCCCAACAACACUUUACCUGAUCCACCAGGAUCAACAUCAGCGGGAGGUGAUGACGUAGACUUUGACGACCUGUCACGGAGAUUUGAAGAGUUGAAGAAGAAAAAGUGAACAAGUGCACCAAAAUGACACAGUGUUAAUUUCAGAAUAAUUAAUUACACAAGACUCUUAUAUAAUUUAUUUUGUAAAUCUUUGAAAUUGAUAGUACAAGUAUCAUUUAUAGUCAUUACUGUGCAUCAGUUUCUUCAGUAGUGACUAUUUAAUGGAAGUAUGGAUAAACAUUAUAAAAAAAACUGAAUCAAUUUUUUGUACAAUAUCAUAAUAUAUGUUUUAGAGUUUUUAAGAGAAUUUAUUUCAAUCAAUGUACUCUGUAGACACUUGCAACUAUUCCUGUGUGUAGACACUUGCAACUAUUCCUGUGGUUGGUCUGUUGGCAACCAUGGAAAACAAUAGUUUCAGGCUUUCAGCAUCAGUUAUUUAUGAGAAAUGAAACUGAAAUAGGACAGCAGCAGAACUAAAUAUUAGAGUUUAGUGUGAUCCUUCAAAGUCUUCUGACCAUUUAGGGGUCAUUUCCUAAUUUUAAGUUAUGAUAAGAACAAAAUAUUACACUAUAAUAUUUUACAUAUCUGAAUACAAAAUCAAGUGAAGUACUGAUAUAUAUUAUUCCUGUAUACAGCUGGAUUAUUUUAUAGGUUGAGAAGAAUUUACUGAAACUUCUUGGAUUGACAAGGGUGAGGCAAACCGAGGACUAGAUGCAGUGUUUUAUCUAUUUAAAGUACACAACUUUUCACUGUGGUUACUUUAGGGUCAAUCCAAAUUUUUGAAACUACCGGUAUUCAUCAAGUUUUGUUCUAUCGUUUUUUACGUGUAUUAGGUGCAUUUUACCUUAUUUUUCUUUGUGUAUUUCAUUUAUAUAUAUGUCUUUGUUAUGAGUAAUUAAAGUAAUUAACUAUACCUACAUUUUUAGGCUAUGUUGUCACUGAUAUGAAUAAAGAAAACGGCUUUAGUUUAA